AUGGUGGCUGUGGCAGCCCAACGGUUGCAAGAUUACUUCGAUAAGACGCGGCUUGUGGGGGGUCCAGGGGGGUUUGGUCAGGAAGGGGUUGGAUUGAGGGGUGAGGAGGUGGAGGGGGAGGAUGCGAACGGGGAGACGGCGUGGCAGCGGUGGGAGAGGGUGUUUGGAGAGGUGGAGGAGCGAGAAGCCAUGCUGACGAGUCUGCAGUUCCAACUGGACGACCUGGUGGGAGACGAGGACUUCACAGCAGCCGCCAAGCUGCAGGCAGCCAUCCGCGCUCUGGAGGACCAAGACGCCAUGGCUGCCGUGUUCACGGAGCUCAAGGCGGCGGUGGCGGAGGAGAGGUACGGCGAUGCCAAGCACCUGCGCGACGAUGCUGGCGCUGGCCUGGUUGGGUGGUGGGCGGGGCUGGACGAGAGUGGGUCGGCGGACCCCUUUGGGCGGCUGGUGCACGUGUCACAGCAGCACGGCAAGCUGCUCGCCAAGUCCUACACUGCCAAGCAGCUGUCCGUGGCAGGGCAGGGCAUUCCCAUCUUUGAGGUGUAUGUGGCUCGCAAUGCCACCAACCCCAAGCGAUACGACCGCCAGGCGGUGUACCUGCACCACGAGACAGCCACUAUGCAGGCCAAAGGUGCUUCCACCACCACCACAAGCCCCUCUCCCAGCACUUCUUCCUCAAACAGCAGCAAUGCCACCGAUGCUGCCCCCCCAACUUCGACCCAAUCAUCAGCAGCAUCCGCGUCUGCCCCAUCCUCGCCACCAUCCAGCGUGCAAAGGGUUCAGGAUGCUGUGUCGUUCAGCUGGGGGAAGAAGCAAGCAGUAGAUGAUGGCAAGCUGGGUGAUGCAGGGGUAGGGGCAGGAACAGGAGCAGGAGCGGUGGCAGGGGCAGGAGAGAAGGGUGGCAGUGCAUCUCAAUCGCCAGCAGAUCCAGCCUCAGGCCAGGUUUCACCUUCACCAGUCCCACCCACCCCUCCUCCCUCUCCCUCCUCUGCCUCCUCUCCUCCCUCCUCCCCUUCCUCUGCCUCAUCUGCCUCCUCUGUCCCCUCCUCUCUCCCGCCCGGCGCCGACGAUAGCUUAUCGCGGGUCCUUGAUUUCUUCCGGGAGCGGUUGCCAGACGUGAAGCUGCGGGUGUUCCCGGUCGUGUCCCCUGCUGACGUGGCAGCACCGGACAGGUCGGGCGCGGCGGGGACUGCAGAUAUUCCGCGAAUAGUGGAGGACGUGGUGAAGCGGAUAGCGAGAGACAGGGAGUCUGCUGCUGCCGCUGCUGCGGGUGAGGCAGCAGCGUCAGCAGCAGCAGCCGAGGGAGGAAAAGAGGGGGAUUCUGUAAGUGACCGCGGUGCAGGUGAUGGUGUGGGGGAUGAUGAGGGGUCACUACGAGCAGAUGGUACUAAGGAUGACAGUGAAGGGGUUUUUCCAGGCAGAGGUGGCACGAGUGACAGUGGAGAAGGGGAGAGCAGUGUGCAGGGACCCAGGAGUGUGUCACCUGACGCUGGUGGGGGCGCAUCUGGUCCUGGCAGAAGCAGUAGAGAGGGCGGGGGUGGUGGUGUUGGUGAGGGAGAAGGCGGGGCGGUGCGAGGCGAUGGCGAGGAUGGAUCAGAGGAUGCAGAGGGGCGGCAGGGCAUUGCCGUGCGCGUGGUGGUGGGCGGGGUGUUCCCAGGUGACGGUGCAGGGGAGAGCGUGAGCAAGGUGCCAGCUAGGAUAGAGUGGCGAGGCAAGGACGCGUUCGUACUCACUGUGGAGGACAGCGAGGGUGAUGGGGAUGGGGCGAGCAGCAGCAGCACGGGAACAUCCACAAAUGACCCAUCAACUUCCCAAUCCCCCUCGUCCUCCUCUUCCUCCUCCUCGUCGUCGCAGUCAGCAGCGGUGGCAGCGGCAGUGAGUGAGCGGCUGGCGUCAGCAGCGACGAGGGCAGCCGCCAACCUGAUGCCGGAGGACGUGGCAAAGCAGCUCUGGGGCGUCGACCGCUUCUCAGGACCGGAGGUGUUCAAGGACAAGGACGUGGCGCAGCUGAUUCGCACGGCAGUGCAGCACGUGCAGAGGAGGCGCUACACGCUGCCCCGCACCACCGCCUUCACUCGCAUCCAUGCCGCCGAUGCCACCACCGACCCCUUUGCUGGUUUGUACGUGGGUGCGUAUGGCCCAUACACCUCCGAGGCUAUUCAGGUCAGGCGUAGGUUCGGCACGUGGGAGGAACCAGAGGGGGAAGAGGAGGAGAGCGAGGCCGCGGAGGCAGGGGAGGGUACUGGGAGGAGAAAGAGGCAGGGCGAGCGGGCGUUGGUGCCGCCGUUUGAGUACGUGGAGGGGGUGAAGCUCACAGGCGACUUCAAUGUGCCCGCUGGGAAGGUCUCUUUUCGAGCGAAGAUCGGCCGGCAUUGGCAGAUGCCGUUCCGAGGGGUGUACCCCGAUGAGCUUGGUGUGGUUGCGAGGUACCCUGGCCAGGGUCAGCUCGCAGAGCCGGGUUUCAAGAACCCUCGUUGGGUGGACGGGGAACUGCUUGUUUUCGACGGAGAGGGUUCUCGACACACGAAUGGUGCUGAGCUGGGCUUUGUUUUCUCAUUACCUGAGAGGCAUUUCCUCAUUCUCUUCAACCGGCUGAAACUUCAAGCUUGA